AUGAAACAAUUAAAUGGCAAAAAACAGUUUCGCAAAGUAUUUUAUUUGUUUCAGAAGCAUUUUCCAAAACAGACGAGCCCUUCAAUUACCAAUCAAGCCGUUUGUGCACGUAUUCAUCUGAACAAGAUUCAAGGUGAAAAAACCAUUCAUCAAGAAUUACCUUCAAAUUUACUUUACAAUCAAUGCAUUCGCACAAAUCUCAUUCGUUUAUACACGAUGUGUAGUGACAUUGAUAAAACAUGA